AUGAGGUGGCAGCGCGACGCUCGAUUUAAUGGGCUCUGGCUGAUGGUCCCAUGGGUGUCAUUGGUAUUGGUCCUGACUCUGGGGUGCUGGGAGUUGGCUACUGCUGUUGCCACAUCACACGAACAGCAUGCCUCCACAGCCUCAGCCACCACCUCCUCCAGCCAAGUGCCACUGGACUGGCUUCUUACUGAUCGAGGACCAUUCCACCGAGCCCCAGAGUAUGCUGACUUCAUGGAGCGCUAUCGGCAGGGUUUCACCACCAGGUACAGGAUCUACAGAGAAUUUGCACGCUGGAAAGUGAACAACUUGGCAUUGGAAAGGAAAGAUUUCUUCAGCUUGCCUCUGCCUCUGGCUCCAGAAUUCAUCCGUAACAUUCGCCUCCUGGGGCGCCGACCCAGCCUCCAACAGAUAACUGAGAACCUGAUUAAAAAAUACGGGACCCAUUUCCUGCUCUCAGCUACUCUUGGAGGAGAAGAGUCCCUGACAAUUUUUGUGGACAAGCGCAAGUUGAGUCGGAAAGCAGAAGCUGGUGGCAUGGGCGGAAGUGGUGGGACCAACGCCACCGUCUCCUUGGAAACACUGCAUCAGCUGGCAGCCUCAUACUUCAUUGACCGUGAAAGCACACUGAGGCGCCUCCACCAUAUCCAGAUAGCAACAGCUGCCAUCAAGGUCACUGAAACCAGGACAGGGCCACUUGGCUGCAGCAACUAUGACAAUCUGGAUUCUGUGAGCUCUGUUCUUGUCCAAAGCCCUGAGAACAAAGUUCAGCUACUUGGUCUGCAAGCACUGGUGCCUGAGCAUCUGCGGGAACGCUUUGUAGCAGCUGCCCUGAGCUACAUCACCUGCAAUUCAGAGGGAGAGCUGAUCUGUCGAGAGAAUGACUGCUGGUGCCAGUGUGGGUUUAGUUUCCCACAAUGCAACUGUCCUGAGACUGACAUCCAAGCUAUGGAAGAGAGCCUCCUCCAGAUCCAAGAAGCGUGGGAAAGUCACAACCAACAAUUUGAGGAAUCAGAGGAACUGCAGAUCCUGGUGAAGAGGUUGCCGGUAGACCGCUUCUUGAACAUAACGGCCAUCUCCCAGUACUGGGCAAUGGACCUUGACAUUCAGCAUCGCUAUCAGAAACUGGGCACCACCUUGAAAAUGCUCUCCAAGAAGACUCAUCGGAUUGUCCGGCGCCUUUUCAAUCUGGCCAAACGCUGCCGCAGGCAACCUCGCUUUAGACUUCCAAAGGAGAGGUCUGGUAUACCUAUAGACAGACCUAUGACUUAUUGGUGGAGUCGGAUUCAGUCCCUCCUCUACUGCAGUGAGACGUCUGUGCUAGGGACCUUUGUGGAAGAAAGUCACAGCUGCACCUGCCCCCAUGAUCAGCCCUCCUGCCAGGGGACCAUUCCAUGUGCCUUGGGUGAAGGACCAGAAUGUGCUGCCUGUGCAGUGGAGAAUGCCACCAACUGCAGGUCCUGCAAUCCUGGCUAUGUCCUCACCCUGGGGCUGUGCCGCCCAGAGGUGGCAGAGUCCCUGGAGCAUUAUUUGGGGUUGGAGACAGACCUACAUGACCUGGAACUUAAAUACCUGUUGCAGAAGCGGGACAGCCGGAUUGAAGUGCACUCCAUCUUCAUCAGCAAUGAUAUGCGCCUGGGGACCUGGUUUGACCCCUCUUGGAGGAAGCGGAUGCUGGUGACCCUGAAGAGCAACAAGUACAAGCCAGGCUUGGUCCACCUCAUGUUGGCCCUCUCCCUUCAGAUCUGUCUCACCAAGAACAGCACCCUGGAACCGGUCAUGGCUAUCUAUGUCAACCCCUUUGGGGGUAGCCACUCAGAGAGCUGGUUUAUGCCAACCAAUGAGAGUGGCUUUCCUGACUGGGAAAGGACUAACGUGGAUGCCUCUGGCCGGUGCCAAAAUUGGACCCUCACUUUAGGCAACAAGUGGAAGACCUUCUUUGAGACGGUCCAUGUCUACCUGAGGAGCCGCAUCAAGUCUCUCAAUGACAGCUCCAAUGAAACCAUCUUUUAUGAGCCCUUGGAGAUGGAUCCUUCUAAAAACCUAGGGUACAUGAGUAUCAAUAGCUUACAAGUCUUUGGCUACAGCUUGCCCUUUGAAUCUGAUGCCAUCCGGGACCUCGUCCUUCAGCUGGAUUACCCCUAUACUCAAGGCUCCCAAGACUCUGCCAUAUUGCAGCUAAUUGAGAUCAGGGACCGAGUUAACCGUCUCUCUCCACCGGGCAAAACCCGCCUUGACCUUUUCUCUUGCUUGCUCCGGCAUAGGCUCAAACUGGCCAACAAUGAGGUGAGUCGGAUCCAGUCUACCCUGCAGGCCUUCAAUGCCAAACUGCCAAACCCAGUGGAGUUUGAGACUGGUAAACUGUGCAGCUAGCCUUGGGGGUGGGGCAGGGCUGCUCUUGUAGCCCUGGAAUGGAGGACUGGGGAGAGAAGCGGUGACUUCCAAAGGCCUUACUUCUGUGCCAGCCUUGUGUUUCGGUGAGGCAGCCAGUGCCUCAAGACCUCUGGCGUUUGGGGGCUCCUUGACACCAAUCUCUGGAGCAACAUUACUGAGAAGUAGCAGCUCAGGUCCACCUGAAGCGCUACCCUGCUGAAAAUCUCUUGCUUCCGCUGCUGAACAAGCCACACAAUUUCCUUUCCUGCAGGCUACAUUUGUGGAGCAUGCAAGAAAAUGUACAGGCACGCAAAGAAACCAGUCAGUGGCGACAGACGGGGAAGAGAGGUGACGUAUGGGAGCCUGGUAGGAGUGGCAAUAAAGACUUGGCUUUUGUUAUCCAACAUCUUGGCCAGGAAGCCCCUAAUCAGAGAUGGAGAGAUACAGCAAAAGGGUUGGACACAAUUGUUUCAAGUGCUUUGAAAAUACUCACUGAGGCAAACCUUUCUGUGACCCUUGCCUCCCUUGGCGCAGUGUACUUUUGUAUUGUUUUUAUGGGCGUCUCUAAUAACAUCACAGCCUUUAUGUUUUCUGUGUUGUUUUCUAUGGCUGCCACCCUAAGCACAUUUUCUUGGAUGUCAGCUCCACUGAGAUCAGCAGGACUUGCUCCUUGCAAGGAAAUGUGUUUAGGGACUGGGUAUGAAUUCUUGGUUUCAGCUGCCUCACCAUCAUCCUGGCCCACAAUGUUGCUUUCCCCCCUAAUCCCACUCCUUUGGGGUGAGAUCCUUUCAGUACUUAUUCUAAUGGGUAAUGACAUGUGAGGCAAGCAAAGUGUGGCUGAUUUGUCCUUUUCUUUCAGCCAUGUACUGGGGAGCACAUCACCCUCUUCUAAUCCAUUCAUGGACCAUGAUCUUGUCAUACCUAAAGAAUUUCACCAGGGGGGAAAAGCAUCCAUAAAGAGCAUCUCUGGUAACAAACGAGCAGUGGUUGUUCAAUGUAUAUUUGGAGCCCAAGGGAUGACUGGCCUUUCAAACAUUUAUUUAUGUAUGCAUUGGUUUAAUUUGUUGGCUUUUAAAAAAAAGUAUUCUACUUUUGCAUUUUUUAUUUGGAGAGGGAUGUUUGUUUCCAGUUGACUGCUCCAGCUGGAUUACGUUUUGGCCAAAUGUAUCUGUUUUGCUAUAUUUUGUAUGGGGGGAAAUAGACUUUUUUGGAGGAGGAAAAAAAAGGAAAGAAGUAAACAAUCAAAAGCCUCUUAA